UUUUGUUUUUUCAUAAGAACAUUUGUUAAAAGUAGUUACUUUUUUACAAUAUUCUUCAUAAUAAAAUUAUUUAAUGUUAUAUAUUAAUUUUGUUUUUCUGUCCUGAAUAUUACAGUACAACAAUAUUUUGUUAUCUAAUUUAUUCAUAAUAAGUCACAACAGUAUUAUGAUGAACUAAAAAAAAUAUUGGAAAUUAAGGAUGUUAAUAAAAUUAGAGAAAUGUUUGAUGGCCGAUUAUCAUUUGGUACAGCUGGAUUAAGGGCAGCAAUGGCUCCGGGCUUCAAUCGUAUGAAUGAACUAGUUGUUAUUCAAAGUGCUCAAGGUUUACUCUAUUAUAUGUUAAGCGUUUUUGGUGAACAAUUAAAAACUUCAGGGAUCAUUUUUGGUUUUGAUGGGCGGUAUAAUAGCAAAAGAUUUGCAGAAUUAUCAGCUUACGUGUUCAUAAAGCAUUCUGUUAAAGUAUAUUUACUAAGUGAAGUCUGUCCUACCCCAUUUGUAGCAUUUGGCAUUAAAUAUUAUAAAUGUUGUGGAGGAGUAAUGGUGACUGCGUCUCAUAAUCCAAAAGAAGACAAUGGAUAUAAAGUUUACUGGGAUAAUGGAGUUCAAGUGAUAUCCCCUCACGAUAUAAAUAUACAAACAUAUAUUUUAGAACAUUUAGAACCCGAAGAAAAUGUAUGGAACAUAGAAUGCUUAUAUGAUAGUAAUUUACUCUCAGAUCCAAUAAUGGAACUUCAGGAACAUUAUUACAAACGUGUGAAUGAAUUGUUAUUUCCUGAUUUAAAUAAAGAAAUUUCUAAUAUAAUAUUCACAUAUACACCAAUGCAUGGUGUUGGAUACCCUUAUAUAGAAAAAGCAUUUAAAAACUCAAAAUUUAAUCCAGUUGUACCAGUAGAACAACAAAAAGAUCCAAAUCCUGAUUUUCCAACUGUACGAUUUCCAAAUCCAGAGGAAGGUAAAAGUGCAUUAAAGUUAGCUUUUGAAACAGCUGAACAAAACAACAGUACAGUUAUUCUGGCAAAUGAUCCAGAUGCUGAUAGAUUGGCUAUAGCUGAACGCUCUAUAGGAUGCAAAAAAUGGAAAAUAUUUACUGGUAAUGAGCUUGGUGCUUUGCUAGGAUGGUGGAUGAUUCAAUCUUAUAAAUUAAUAAAUGGGCAUGUACAUCCUAAAAUUGCUGUACUUUCAAGUACUGUAUCUUCAGCAAUUCUUAAAUCCAUAGCUAAAAAAGAAAACAUUUAUUUUGAGGAAACACUUACUGGAUUUAAAUGGAUGGGCAAUAGAGCGAAUAAAUUAAUUUCUGAAGGUUUUGAAGUUCUUUUCGCAUUUGAAGAAUCAAUUGGUUAUAUGUGUGGUACUUCUGUAUUGGAUAAAGAUGGAAUAUCUGCAGCAAUUAAAGUAGCUGAACUAGCUAUAUAUUUAGAGAAAGAAAACUCUUCUUUAUCUUCAGCUUUAGAGACUAUUUAUAAUGUCUAUGGUUGGCAUGUUUCUGUGAAUUCGUAUUUUAUUUGCAAUGAUAGUUUAAUAAUAAAACGAGUGUUUGACUCUUUAAGACAGCAAAGAAAUUAUCCCAAUUCUAUUCUUAAUGGUAGAUACUUAGUUAAAUCAAUUCGUGACUUAACAAUUGGCUAUGACUCAAGUACAAGUGAUCACAAACCUAUUCUACCAGUUUCAAAAUCAUCUCAAAUGAUCACGUUUAAUUUUGAAAAUGGUUUGAUAGCUACUCUCCGAACAAGUGGAACAGAACCCAAAAUAAAAUAUUAUGCUGAAAUAUGUGGUGAUCCUCAAAAAUCAAAUGAUGCAAAUAAACUAAAAUGUUUAUUAAAUAAAAUGGUUGAAGGAAUAAUUGCAGAAUUUUUAAAACCUGAAGAAAAUUCACUUAUUUGUCGCAGUGAAUAAUAAUAAAUAACUAUUUGCUAUAUUAUUAUAUGGCAUAAAUAUUUAUUGGAACCUAUUUACUUCCCAGCUAUUAUAAUACUAAUAAUUAUUUUUUAUUAUUAUUAUUAAAUUGUUUACAAUUAAAUCUGUUAUUAUAAAUAGUAUAACUUUAAGUUCUGAAUAUUAAGUUUCCAUAUUAUUUGUUAUCAUAAAUAUUUUUAAAACAUAUAAUAUAGAAAAUUAUUUGAAUAAUUA